AGAGAGAGAGAGAGAGAGAGAGAGAGAGAGAGAGAGAGAGAGAGAGAGAGAGAGUUUGGACCGUUUUAAUGGGAAGAAGCCCCUGUUGUUCCAAGGAGGGCUUGAACAAAGGUGCUUGGACAGCUCAAGAAGACAAAAUUCUCACAGAAUACGUUAGAAUCCAUGGCGAAGGACAAUGGGGAAAACUUCCAAAAAGAGCAGGUUUGAAAAGAUGUGGGAAGAGCUGCAGGCUUCGCUGGUUGAAUUAUCUUAGACCAGACAUUAAGAGAGGUAACAUAUCACCGGAUGAAGAAGAACUCAUCAUUAGGCUUCACAAGCUCCUGGGAAACAGAUGGUCUCUAAUAGCUGGGAGGCUUCCAGGCCGAACAGACAAUGAAAUAAAGAACUACUGGAACUCAAAUCUGGCCAGAAAAGUUCAUGACAACAAAAGUGCUACUCCAACUCCUUCAGGCCAGUCCACCGAGGACAAAUCCAAGAUUGAUUUGCAGGUGGUCCGGACCAACGCAAUUAACAACAAAAAUUAUCAUUUUGAUACCAAAGAUUCAUGGCUAUCCGUGGACUGUGACCAUACAUUUAAUGAUAAGUCCUUGGAAUUUGAUAUGUACCAUGGACUAUCGUCUUUUGCUAACGGAUCAGAAAAUAUUCAAUCAUCGGAUUUUAUGAUGGAUUUCAAUAUGGGAGAGCCUUGCUUCUCUGAUCUUCUCAUCAGCUCUUACCUUCCAGACUCACGUGUCUUCGAAUGUAGCAAUGACUAUGAUAAUGGAUUGUCCCCCUCUUUGGAAAAAUGUUUAAUAUUCUCCAAUGAAAUGCAGUGUGAUUGGACCUUCAUUCAAUAAUUGUGUUGAACCCAAUAUUGACACUGAAGUGGGAUAGCAGGUAGAAUAAUUGACUCUGAAGUGAUUGGUCUUUUACUGUUUAUUACCCCGUAAGAUUUAAUGUUAAUUUGAUAUGUUUAUUGAAAUUUUUAUUAGUGCUUUAUUUCCAUUUGUUGAUGUUAGCGGGCUUUUUAAAUAAACAAUGUAUUUAUAGUUGUA